GUGUGUGAGAUAGUGUGUGAGAGAGAGAGAGAGAGAGAGUGUGUGAGAUAGUGUGUGUGAGAGAGAAAGAGAGAGAGAGAGAGAGAGAGUGUGUGAGAUAGUGUGUGUGAGAGAGAAAGAGAGAGAGAGAGAGAGAGAGAGAGAGUAGAUGAGCGGUGAGGCGGCUGAGCUGCAUUUACUUCAAUGUGCACGAGGAAUAACUGCAGAUUUCAUCGCAUGUCAUAAUAAAUCCUCUUGUGUUCUUCAUAUUUCAGGAGGUUUACAGUGAAUGAGUGUAAAAGCAGCAGCUGAAUAACAGUGUCCAGAGAAGUGUCACAAUGUCUCUUCUCAACAGGACCGAAGACAACAUCUCCAUCGCUCCCUGGACCCCACAAUCAUCUUCAUCUUCAUCAUCUGUCCUCCCUCCAUCCCCAUCUUCAUUCGUCCCUCAGUCUAACUGCUCUGUGUCUUCAUCUCCCUCGUCUCCGCCGUAUAACUUCUACGCUGUGUUGUUGGUGUUGUUGAUCUUCUGUGUGGUGUUUGGCAACGUUCUGGUGUGUGUGGCCGUGUCGAGAGAAAAAGCGCUGCAGACAACAACCAACUAUCUCAUCGUGUCUCUGGCUGUGUCUGAUCUGCUUUUGGCCUCGCUGGUGAUGCCCUGGGGCGUCUAUCUGGAGGUUGUGGGUGAAUGGAGGUUCAGUCGGAUUCACUGUGAUGUUCUGCUCACGCUGGAUGUGAUGAUGUGCACCGCCAGCAUCCUGAACUUAUGUGCCAUCAGCAUUGACAGGUAUACGGCUGUGGCAAUGCCCUUACUGUACAACACACGGUACAGCUCCAGGAGACGAGUGGCACUCAUGAUCGCUGUCGUCUGGUUCCUCUCGUUUGCCAUAUCAUGUCCACUGCUGUUCGGUCUCAACAACACGGCCAGUCAGGAAGGGAGAGAUUGCAGUUUUGCUGAUCCUGCGUUCGUAAUUUAUUCAUCCGUCGCAUCAUUUUACGUGCCCUUCAUUGUGACACUGCUGGUGUAUGUGCAGAUCUGCGUGGUUCUGCGCAGACGGGGCAGACGCACAGCACCUUCACGCAGACACGGCCUUCAUCCACAAACCGGAGAUGGACAGAGACGUGGCAAAAAUAAGUGUACUCAUCCAGAGGACGUCAAGUUGUGUACUGUCAUUGUGAAGCCGCCUACAGAUGCUCCACAGCGCAAGAAAGUGACAUUGGCGACGGAGGCGCUGGUUCAUCCUCUGGAGGUGGAGCCUGUGUGUUUUCUGAGUCAGGAGAGAGAGCAGACGCAGCGGCCGGGACGAGCAAGAAUCUCUCUCUCGGUGUCUGUAGCGCCCAGCCCCACCCGCCCCUGCUCCACACGCUCGGCCCCGGACCCUCACAGGACCACCCUGCAGGAGGAUCUGCGCGGACGGCCGGGCUGGAGAGAGCAACAUGCCGAAAGAGAGAAAGCAGCCACAGCCAAAGAGAGAGCGAGAGGAAGAUUAUCACAGCAGAAAGAGAGAAAAGCCACUCAGAUGCUGGCUUUUGUUUUAGGCGUGUUCAUCAUCUGCUGGCUGCCGUUCUUUCUGACGCACGUGUUGAAGGCUCACUGCGGCACCUGCUGCAUCUCUCCGUCUCUCUACAGCGCCGUCACAUGGCUGGGUUACCUGAACAGUGCCGUCAACCCCGUCAUCUACACAACGUUCAACAUCGAGUUCCGCAAGGCCUUCAUUAAAAUCCUGCACUGCUGACAGAGAACUCCAUGAGAAUCACAAACACCAAACUGAAGAAAAGCUGUGGGUUGAUCACACUCGACUCUAUUCUGUGGAGCUCUGAUCAGCUCUGAUGUUUUCUUAUGGUGCUGUCAAAGUAAAAACACAAGUGUCUGUUGAGGUGCACUCUACCUCUUUCUCUUACUUUACACUACAUCUCUGUGAAAUGGUUUUAUACUUCUUUGUCUUUUCUUCUGAACUGCUGGAGCAUGAUGUAAUGUGCACACAAUUGUGAAUAACACAGACGAAAGGAGAGCACUUAAACAACAACACACAAUUAAUGCUGUCUAAACAAUCCCAAGGUGUCGUAAAGGUUGAUAAAGAAAUGUAUAGAAAAUUGAGAGUCUGCCUGAUGUUAUCAUUGUGUCUGAAUAGCAGGAGGUUCAUUUACAGCCGGUUG